AUGUCGGCAACAUCAGUUGAAAAAGAGAAAUCGGCUCCUCGCCCUCCUCCCCUCCUCUGUCUCGGCGCCCCUCGCACAGGCACAGCAUCUCUCAUGGCAGCCCUCACAAUCCUCGGCUUCUCAAACGUCCAUCACGGCUGGGAAGUUUCAGAACGCGACGAUAAACAAUGGCAAUGGCGCAUCUUCGACCGCGCAGCCGACGCCACAUUCCCUAAUCUCCCCACAUACAACGGCAAAGGAUUCUCACGCGCAGAAUGGGAUGAAGUAUUUGGCGAAUACGAAGCUGUCUCAGAUGUAGCUUCUUUCUUCUCAGAAUCUCUCAUCCCUGCGUAUCCUGACGCAAAAGUUAUUCUUGUCGAGCGUGAGGUGGAGAAAUGGUACAAGAGCGUUCUCAUCAUCUUUGAACCAGCACAAAGCGCACGCUACAGAUGGUUUGGCGAAACAAUUGGGCGAUUCGCUGGUUAUGAUAAUGCAAAGGCGAGUUUCAAGAUGCAUCAGGGCUGGACGGGGGCGCCGACGCCAGAGACUACGGUUGAGAAUCUGAGAACGGCGUAUGCGCGACACAACAAGUACAUUAGAGAGAAUGUACCUACCGAACAACUCUUGGAUUUUCAGCUGAGUCAGGGAUGGGAGCCUUUGUGUCAGUUUUUGGGAAAGCCGGUUCCUGAUGUGCCGUUUCCGCAUGCGAAUGACUCGGCGGCGUACAAGGCGAGGGGAAAGAAGUUGGGGAGAAAGAUGAUUGGUAGGGCUAUGAGAAAUAUUCUGUUUCCUUGUUUUAAGAAGAAGUUUUAG